AUGCCCAUCUAUAAAUUUUAUGGUUCUAAACUCUAAGAACAAUCAGAAGAAUUUGAAACGAUGAGUUCCGAUAGUGAUUUAGAUAAAUACUAUAUAAGAUAAGAUGAUUUGGCAGAGCCAAUUCUUUAAGAUGAUGAUACUACUGUCUAAAAACCAAAAUUGAAAAUUAGAGACAGAAAAACUCCUAUUUUUGUAAGAUCUUCUAGUUUCUAUGAAAAAUUUAUGAUUCCUAAAAAGAAGAAAGCAAAAAAUGAAGAAAAUAUUUAAAGAUUGUUCCAUAAAGUUAACCUAUUGCUAAGUUAUCACAAAUCUUGGACUGAUCUAAGAAUAAUUUAAAGGAAUUACUAUAUUCCAAGAAAAAAGUAGUUUGUUAAGAACUUUGACAUUUUAAGAUAUAAUAUUAUAUAAAGAAGUUUGUAAACAUAAAAAAUUCAAGCAAAGUUGUUUAUUUAAAAGUUUUAUAGAAAAAAGAUUACAAAAUUAAAAGAUUCUAAAGAAGAACAUGAUAUUCUAGAGCUGGAAGGGAUCUAUGAGAAGAUGAGAAAGUAUUACAAUAAACAUAAGUGGUUAAAUGCAUAGAAAUUUAUAUUUAUCAAAAUAAAGAAGGCUGUGUGGUUCAAUCGAUUCAGAAAGACUACUAUUAGAUUGAAUUCCAAGAUUUUAGUUAAUGUCUUUUAAAAAAGAUUAUUAGCCAAGUAAUUUCCAGGAGAAGAAACAAACUUUUAGCAUUUUGAAAAAAACAAUAAAGGUUUUGAAUUCAAGGAGGUUUCUUUGCUAAAUAUUAUCAAUUUUAGUCAAUAAUAUUCUUAAAACCAUGUUAAAAUGAUUCCAUUAUCAGCAGGAUACACUAAUCUAAAAUAUUAUUCUGCAUCUUAUAAAAAGUCAAGUACUUUUAAAGAUGUCAUAGAAAAGGUUAGAGAUACUUAUGUAUUUGACACUCAAAAAUUAAUAUUGUAAUCAGUGAUGAUGGAAUAUUUCGAAGAGGAAAUGUUUGCUAUGCCUGAAAUCAACUUUGUAAAACAAUUAAAUGACACAAUGUGGUUGGCUAAUAUCAAUGAAAAGAAACAGCCAUAGUUAAUAUAAUUUCUAUAAUUGAAACAUGGAUAGAAACUGAAGUACUUGCAAUCGAUCAAUAAUGAUAGAGGUAUUAGUUAUAUUUAGGGUGAGUGUUAUACUAGGCUAUCUAAUCAUAUCGAUAAGAUUGAUGAUUUCUAUGUCAAAGGAUAUUGCGUAAUAGUCUAUGAGUAAUCUCCAAUUACUACAUUAGAGAAUGUCAUUAAAUAUCGAAAAAAAUAUCAUAUACAUUAUAGUUAAGAUGAAAUAUUGUCAUUCUUUUAUGAUAGCUUACUCUUACUACUCAGAGAAUAACAUGGUGAUAUUUCAACCAAAAAUUAUCUGUUAGACAACCGAGGUUAUUAUUUAGGAAGUGCAGUUAAACCAGAGACUGAUGACGAUUUAUUUUGUUUAGCUAAAGUUCUAAUUUCUAUGAUUACCUUAACAUCAUUUAAGAAUUCAUUGAAUUCCUUAGGUGAUAUGGAGAAGCAUGAUCUCUAUGAUGUAAUAGUUAAAAUGCUCAAUGGGAGUAGCAACAUAAGCGAACUGUUAUCAUUUGUAAAGUAUUAAGAGAAGUUUGAAGAGAGUUUCAUUGUAGAGAGAUAAGAAAUAAUUGAAAAUCAACAGUGUGAUUUCUCUGAAUACUUACAGUUGACUCUGCAUAGAGGGAACUUUUCAUUGAGGAUGAAGUAGUAUGAAAAAGGAUUGCUUUACAUACAUUAGUUUGAAUAGAUAUUGCAUAGACAAAUCUAUAAAUGUGGGAAUAAUGCUUUAGAAGCCUUUCAAGGAUAUGUGAUUAAUAAUUUCAUGAAAUAUACUAUUGAGCAUCAUGACAUGGAAGAAAUAAUUUAAGUAGCUAUGGUUUUCUAUAUUAAAUUUUGCAUUUAAAUGCAAGUGAAGGUUAGACGUUAUAAUCAUUCAACAUACAACAUCAACAAUAUUUAGGAAAAUGUUAAGCAUGGCAACCAAUUGAAUUAAUAAUUUGAUUUAAUUUAGAAUUGUUUAGGAGACCUAAUUAAGAAUCUAGAUCUGGUUCUCAUUUAAUUGUAAAUUAAUAUCAACCUAGAACAAAUAACAAAAUAGGAAGCUUAAGCAUUAUUUGGUAUUACUAAGAAUCAGGCUGGAAAUGUAAUCAAACUAAAACAUAUUGAAAGAAUUCAACUUAUUAAUUAAUUAAGAUUAAACAAAAAACUUAUUGAAAACUUAUUUCAAUUUCGAAAAACCAUUCGUAGGUUUUAAAACUAAUUUAAUGCACUCAACUGUUUAGCUCAUUAUUUUAAAAUGGAAAUGCCAAUUGCAGCUAAAAAAAUAGAUGAUUGCAUUGAAAUUUAGAUGGAAUUAAUUAGAUCUAAGAAUUAAUUGGAAUUAACAAAGGAACUAAAAGACUUAAGUCCUGAUCUUUAUAAUUAUAAUUAAAUGUCUCCUAAAGAAAAUAAAAUAGAUGCCUUUACAUUUUAAAUUAACUUUUCAAUGAGCUAGUUUUGUUAAGACGAUCCAACUUAUUUCCAUCAACUUCUUUAUUAUUAUUUUCUAUAAAUAGAAAUAUGGCAUGACUCUGAAAAUGAUAUUUAUGAAAGAAAGGCCAAAAGUUUCUUAUUAAUGGGAAUUGAGAAUUCCCCUACCUUUGAGUAUUUUUGCAGUUAUCUUAAAAGUAUUACAUUCGAUGAAAUACCAAUAUAAUACAUUCGAAAAGAAUAAGAAUGUGAAAUAGGUAAAUUCGAGUGUGUAAAAUUAUAAAAAUGGAUUGAAUAAACAUAUUCGUAUUAAUCAGAAUACAUAUUAUCUACUGACUUUUAGUAUAUGUGGAAAUAAGUGAUGACUUACAGUAAUCUUAAUUAAAAUAUACAUAAUAAAUAGAUAUUGCAUGAAGAACUAAAAAUCAGCCCAAAAGACUUAAAAGUCUAGCUUUAUUUAAUAAGAAUUAUUUAAUAGAUUUUACACUUGGACUGUUAUUUUCCAUUGAAUUUUAGGAUAUCUCAAUUAAGGUAUCCAGUAGAUCAAACAGAUAGAGAUAUUUAUAGUAAUUCAUACAUCGCAUAAUUGCAAAGUCUUCAUCAUUCAAUUACAAUUCCUUUUGAUUCAUGGUUUCAUAGUAAUGGUUUGUUGUAAUUCAGAUUGUAUCACAUUUAAAGUAUAUUUUUUGCAUUUUCUCCAAAAAAUAUUGAGAAUUUAGAAAACAGUGAUAAUUCUUUAAGGGAGAUAGCAAGAAAUGCAGUGAGUAUAUUAAAUUUACAAAAAGAUAAUAGGGAUAUUUUGAUGAAAAUUUAAUAAAUCCUAUUAGAAGACGCUCUCCUUUUAAUUGAUGUAAAUCUAAAAAAGUCGUAAUUAUUUUAAAUUUUAUAUUCUUAUUUGCUUUUAAAAAUUCAUCAAAAUUAAGAUUUAGUCCAAACGAUGAAUGUAAUACUGAAAGAAUAGGCUAUUAACAUCCAACCUUCCAUUAUUAUAUUAAUGAUAUUACAAAUAUUGCUAUAGUCAUAGUAAUAUGAUCAAAUGGAAUUUUUAAUAUAAUUUUGUUAAAAAUCGAUCUCAACAAAAUCAGGUUUGUUUGCAUAAAUGCAUGAAAACUUUGAGAAUGAUUUAAAUAUUAUGGCAUUGUAUAUUCCAAACAAGAAGAUAGAUUUAAACUUCAUUGCUCCCUAUGAUGCUUUAUACUAAAGAUCUCACAGUGUUAUAUUUUAUGAUGACAUUAAUAUUUAUACGAGACAUCUCAUACAUCAUUUCUUUUAUAUCUAAAAUUUUUAUGAAGUCAUUGAGUAUUUCGAAGAUAAUUUAAAUUAAAUUGAAAACAACAGAGAAUUAACUCAUUUGAAAUAAUUAUACGAGAAUUUUUUAAUUUACAUUAAAGUUUCUUUGGGUAUUAUAAAAUAAGAAAAAGCACAAGACUUCAUCUUAAGCAUUCACUCAUAAAUUUAAGAUGAUAAUAAUACAUUAAUAGCAGCAAUUAAUAAGCAUAUUCUAAUUCGAAUUUAUUUAAAUUAAAAAGAAUAUCAUGUUGCUUUGCAAUAUUCCUACUAAGUGCUUCAAUUUUUUUAUGCUUAUGAAAAUAGUAAAUAAAUAACUUUAGGGGGAGACUUUUAGAUUAAACAUAGCAAAAGACUAUCUAAAUUUUAAGAGAUUUUAUCGAAUUUUCUCCCUAAAGAUUUAGUCCGUAAAACUCAGAUUAAUUAGUAAUCAAAUGAUGUAUAUUAUUGUCAUUUAAUUGAUGAUGAAUUUAUCUCUGAAAUCCUAUUGAAUCAUAUUGAUAUUCUGACAAAUAUUAAUUAAUUUAAGUUCUCUUUUUUCUAAGUAUUAAAUUUAUUGGAUAAAAUAAAGAACUAUUAUUAAAUAGCAUAUUUGUAUAAACUUUUAUCUCUAAUAUUCUUAGAGAACAUGAGUUUAGAAAAAUAAUCAUUAGUUCAAUACGAUCAAUAAAUUAUGAAUGAAGCAAAAGAAACCAUAAGAGAAAGGAAAUUAUUAAUAAAUUGUUAUCAGUCCUUUAGACAUUAACAUACUUAAUAGGAAGUUAUAGCUUAUAAUUAGUAAUUAGCAAGGUUAACAUUCAAACAAAUAGUUUACUAAAAGUUUGCUAAAAAACCAGCAAAAGAGGAUGUAUUAUUCUUAAUUCAAUUAUCUGCAGAAAAAAGUUUAGAGUUUUUUUAAAUCCUUUCCUAGCAACAAAAAAUAAUAAAUCAUAUAUUUUAUAUAAACAUCUAUUUGAUCUUGGCUGAAUGCCAUUUGAAUUAACUUAAUUUCACUUAAGCCUUAGCCAAUGUGGAUUUGGCGGAAGAACAUACUAUUGAAAUUUAUGGAAAAGCUUGUCAUCCUCAGAUAGGGUACUUACUUUUAUCAAGAGUGUAAUUUCGAAAAAAGUAGCAAGAAUUAUAAAUUUAGAUUGUUAAAGAAAUCAGAUUAAAAAGUUUUUUUGAUGUUAGUUAGAUUAAAACAAUAAGUCUAUUGUUAAUAUAGGAAAAUAAAACAUUAACUUAUUGGUUAGAUAUUUAUAAAAGGAGUAGAGAUAUUUAAACGUUUUUCAAAAAUGUAAAAGAUGUAUUAAAACUAAAUUAAAACUUUUGUGAUAGUUUUCUAUUUUGUGAUGAAAGUUCUUCUGUUGAAGAUAUCUUCAGAGAAAUAACUAGAUUAUUUCCAUCUCUUAAUUAUAUCUCUGCACAAAGCUAUUUAAGUGCUUCGCAUCAUUUUAUAUAUCUAGAUGAAAACAAUCAAUAUCGGUAACAAAUCAAUCAAUUACUUAAUAAUCAUAUUUGA